CGAUGAUACAAUCUCAGAUGGCGGGUAGAAAAUUUAAGUUAAUUAUUAGUAAAUACUGAUGUAAAAAAAAAACUACCCAGAAAGAUCCAGAACCUGCACAGUUAUGUCCAAAACUUCCAACAAGAUGAAUCUUCCUACCCUUUUUCCUUGUGGGUCCAAAGUGAAUGUCCCACAAAUGGGUUCCGAUGAGGGACUCAACCUUGUGAAGCCCAAGACUCUCCCUCCCUUUCUAAAUACGCUGGGAAAUAAAAGUGGUCCAGUUAGCAGGAAUUACAUUAAGAAGAUCAGCACUGACAUUGUCUUCAGUGAAGAUGUUGUCAGGGACAGAUGUUUUCACAUGUUGCCUUACGAUGAAAAAUACUUUUAUGAAGCCCUUGAUCUUAGUACUCUUAUAUCUGUACCUAAUAAAAGUCAUAUUCCACUAAGCCGUCACAACAGCCGAUUGCCCUUGUCCAGACAUAUGCCAUGCCAUCUGACGAAAACUCCAACCCAUCUAAAACCUAUGUCCCAUAAAAAGUGUUUGAAAAUUGACGACACUGAGAGUAAACUGUCGGAGGGGAGAUCCACAAAACUGGGUGGGGGGAAAGACACGCCCCAGAGGUCCCCAGUCUUCAUGACGGAGAGUGAGGGCAGCGGGGAUGAGGACAAAGACGCCAAAUCAACCACCAAACCUGACACUGACAGUAAGCAUGGGUGGGAUGCCUAUCUGAUGUCAAUGCUAAGUUCUAGUACUGCCCACUGGAUUGUGCACAAGAGGAUGUCCCCGUGUGAGGAGCAAAGCACUCUGAACAGCUUACUGCUGAAGUGGCAUGGACAGCCAGAGCACACAGACCUGAUCAGGGAGGACAUGAGUGAGGAGUUUGACCUUGCUAGCCCACAUGAUAAAAUACAGAAAAAACCCUGGAAAAAAAGUGAAGCCAAUUUGCUGGACAAAGUAUAUGGGGAGCCUAAACCAGAGGCCAAACGCUUCAGUCUGGUAUCCUCCAGUGACCUGAACAUCGCGCCUGAAGGUAGGAGGAAAGAGUCCAUGGGACAAACGGAUAUGACCGUGCCAAGCAAAGGGGUAGACCCUUACUCUGAGGAUAAUGCUGCACCGUUUUACAGACAACCUGCAGGUGUCCGACGACAGAAGAAACAUCAGGACAGAGAAAAUGCUGUUGGCAUUAACUCUACUGCUCGUGAUAUAGAGGUGACAAGUUUUAAGCCACCCUCACCAGUGACCCUUAGGGAUGUCAUCCACCCUAAAGUCACAAGCAACACUCUCUAUGAGACAGACAACCUCUUCCAGCAGGAAUGGCUGACAGGUGUUCAGCAGAUUUCCUGUAAAUCAGGGCCAAGUAAAACAAAGAUCAUGAUGGCCAGUGACAACAUGUAUGAGAAGAAACUGCAGACUACUUUUCCACGGGACCCUGAAUCCUGGUAUCCUGACAAACAUGAGGAAAAAGGCAGGAAAAAACUGGCGCCUCAAAGGGUACCAAGGAAGGAAAAGGGCAUGCACAAGUGGAAAGCCCUGCCAGAGCCCAUUGAUGACACAGCCGACGUCAUUAAGAUUAUCUCCCCUGAUUAUGACCCGGACUUGAGAGGUUCUCCAGACCCUAUCGCCAGAAAAAACACAAAACAAAACAUGUCUAUGCUCAAAAUAUUGGAUGAGUGGCAAUCUCAGUGGCACUUGGCUGGGCAGUACGCUGACAGUACCCCAGAUGAUCUGAUACACGACAUGGCUGACAUUCAGCCUCAUGUACGCCUCAAGGCUGUGGCCACUGUCACCAAAGCCGUGACCUAUCGACCCCCACAGGAGCCGGGGAUUCAGAUAGAGGCUGAGAGAGGCAAGCUGGACCCUGUAUCUGAACUGCCUAUAAAGAUCUUCAAAGCUUUAGAAUACCUGCUGGAUGAUAAACACAGGCAGGUGAAGAGGGCUGCAGCCAUAGCUCUCUUCUCCCUGAAUAAACCUAAUCCUCAGGCUGAAGAGAUCAUGAGAGAAGCGUUAAAGGGGGACAACUCCGUUGACCGUUGGGCUGCAGCUCAAUGCCUUGCCCACUAUGGUGUGUGUGAUCCUGUUGUAGUAGGGGAGUUAAUCCAGCAGCUGCUCGCCACUGAGGAUUCCAUCAAACAUGAACGGGCAAUAGGGCUUCUGGCAAAAGUCAGCUCAGAUUCUAUGCUGGUUCACUCUAUGGUGGCAGAACAUCUCAACAGUAGCAGCUGGAGACAUAAAGUCAUUGCCUGCAAGGUCUUUCCCACCCUACACUCCAACAUCAACAAGGACAUAUCCCAGAAAUUGGCCAACCUGAUGUGGAAUGACUGGAAUAAGGAAGUGAGAUCAGCAGCUGCUCAGGCCCUGGGGAAGACAGGUCAUGGUAAGAUUGUGCACGAUCACCUCUGUGAGAAGAUACUUCACGGGCCAGAGAGGAUGAGGGUGGAAGCCAUUGCACGUGUGGGACAGUUGGGCAUCAUGACAGCUCGUCUGUUGCAACCUUUUCUCCAGUGUUUUGAUGACCCUUACAUAUCUGUGAGGUCUGAGGCAUGUGUGACAGCAGGACAAAUACAGAUCAAAGAACCCGCUGUCAUCAAGAAGCUGAUCUACCGAGCUACCUAUGACACGACAUGGAAGGUCAAGGCAAUGGCUGUGCACACUCUGGGCAGGAUAGGCGUGGCUUCCCCUGAGGUUAAGGCUUGUCUGUUGUGGGCACUAAGAUAUGAGGAGAAGGAGGGUGUGAGAGCUGAGGCUUGUCACUCUCUAAUUGUCCUUGGGGCGGAGGCAGUUGACAGCGAUGAUGUAAUUGAUGCUCUUCAGGAGAGGCUGCUGGUGGAAACCAGUGAACUGGUCAGGCAGCAAAUCACAGAUGCCUUGAAGAUGGUUGGUAUCAAUGCCUUGGAUGAUGUGGACAUGGUGGCAGACAUCAAAGAUGCCGUCAGGAAGCUGUGUACCUGUUCUAACAUUGCGGCACAGAUAGCUGGGUAUGAAGCUGAGGAAGACAAGGCCCGUAACAAAUCACGGAUGAUCCAGUUGCCUAAAGAAAUACCUGGAUCACAAGAAGACACUAACGAGCUGGAAAAAUCGAGAGCAUCUCCACCAGAUAAGAUUUGGAAGCGGUUGAAAAAGCGUGCAUCUACCCCGAUACCAGUACCUCCAUCUCGUCCAGUCAGUCAGGGCAACAGAAGCUCAAAGGCUUCCACCCCCCGAGGUCUCCCAACAGAGACCAGGUCCAAGGGGAUUAUGCCGAGGAGAUGGAUCACCCCUAAAGUGGCUGAGGAACUGGAUUGUCCUGAAAGGGCUGUAAAGAUGCCAUUAUCUGUGUACAUGGAAGAUGGUGCUACAUUGGGGCAGAGUCACAAGAGGAACAUGUCCCGAAGCCAGGUGUAUCCUUCCAGACAGAGGGAGUCAGUCACAGUGAUCCCUCUGCCUGUGAAGUGGCAGAAGUCAUGCACAGAACUCCAUCCACACACGCCUCACAAGUACCAGUACAAGCUGGCUAAACUUGCUUCUGGUACUCCAAAAGGGACAGAUGAAGUACCCAGCCGCUCCUCCAGUCGCCGCAAAUUGGUCAGCAGGGAGGUCCAAAGGGAGAGAGACAGGGUGCAGAUGGGGGCUCAGCACAGUUACAAUGGUCUUGAUGUCCGCUACAGCAUCCUGGUUGGUCACCUGGACAAUGUGGACAAUGCUUACCAGGGCCCUGUCAUACAGCAGGCGGUGCUUAGCAAGAGCACAGGGUUUGAGGUGUCUCCGGUGGACAUGAAGUCAGUAUCCACUGCUGGAGAAAUGCUGGCGGAUGGAUCACACACAAACACAGAGUAGCUGCAAGUAAACCGAUAUGUGCUGAGAACAAAGUGAUGUAAUGCUUCUGUGGAUUUUUUGGUUUUUUUUUAUUAAAUUAAUUAUUAGGUAAAAAUUAUAAAAUAAUUAAGGUUUGCUUCUUUAUAAAAGGAAACAUUGUAUGUAUCUAUACAGCUAACUGUAUCUGCUCA